UUGAGUUCUUGCUCCUCUGCCUCGACGGUCGCCUGUUCGCCUCUGCGGAUUCCUCCCCUUCCCAGUCUCGUCUGCUCUUCUUCUCUCCCUGAUUUCAGAGACGGAGAGCGGGACACAAGAAGGCAGGCCUGCUUGCUUCGCCUCCUCAUCCUCGUCGGCGGCCUCACCGACGGCCAACGGGGCGCAACCAGGGACUCCUACUCGUGCUGUACUGCCGUUUACUGUUAUCUUUUCUUUUCUUUUGCGGGUGCCGCGAAUCGGAUAGCCAAACAAAAAUCUCUGGAUAGGAAUCAAAUCUAGGCUUCUUCUGAGGACCGAAUUCUGUUUCUUGCAAAGGAUAGUGGGUCAGGGCAAGUCGAUUCAUGGGUAAGUUCGAGCACGGCAAUCUACUGCUAUCUCUUAGCCAGGGACACUGGCAUGGUUUCAGUCUUACAGCCGUUGCUGUUGGGCUGGGGAUAGGAGUUGCUGGGCUGUGCAAAGUGCUGAAUAGCAGUUUGGGCGUACAAUGGCUUCUCGGGAAGUUCUCUUCGGAAUCGGAGAGGCUGUACUACACUGGAGGCCUGCAAAAUCUUGGCAAUAAUUGCUUUCUCAAUGUUAUUCUGCAGGCACUUGCUAGCUGCGACAAUUUUGUAUCCUCUCUAGACGAUUUACUUGAAAGUGAUGAUGUGCUACCCGAGGAACAGUCUGAAAGAAUGCCUCUUAUCCUUGCUUUAAGUUCCCUUUUAAAAGACUUGAGCACAGUUCGAGAUAAGAAAAUUGUAUUGAAUCCAGAAAGCGUAAUGCAUGCUUUGAGCUGCUAUGUUAGUCACUUCAAUUUGACCAGACAGCAGGAUGCUUCUGAAGCUUUUGUUCAUCUAUUGACAUCACUGAGGGAUGAAUUUUCCCAUUGCUAUGUACCAUAUAAGAGUUCUCUGGCAGACAUUACCAUGUUCCACUCCAAAGUAUACAAGCAAAGGGAAGGUAACCAACCUGAAUGCAAGCGCUGGAAACAAAACAUAUUUGGUCCCUUUGAUGGGACUAUUGGCAGCACAUUAUCUUGCAGAAAUUGUUCAUCUGUGCUGUCAUUGGACUUCGAGAAUUUUCACUGCUUGCCCGUCUCUCCCGUGCCUGAUAUAAAUGGAGAUAUUAUUAAUGGGUGUAGUUUGGUGGAUUGCCUGAAGCAUUUCACUGUAUUGGAGCAUCUUGAUAAUUACCGUUGUGAUCAUUGUUGGCAUAAUGCUGCUGCCAAAUAUUUCAACCUUCAAUCAGAAGUUGACGAGGAAAAAGUUAACAAACUGCGCACCUGUGUCGACUAUGACAGUUGCAAUUGCAAGCAUAUAUUUGGUCCAGAGAAAACAACAUGGUCAGUAUCUUCGAAAGCUACAAAGCAGUUGGCUAUCACUCGUUGUCCGAAGAUCUUGUGCAUUCAUUUGUUACGCGCUUCUUUUAGUUUUGAUGGUGAACUUGUAAAGCGUCAGGGACAUGUUUCUUUUCCUUUACUUCUCAAUCUAUCCCCAUUUGCCGGAGGCACAUUCACCACUGGACAGGGACCUGGACCUUCAGCUAUGAACGUGCAAAGAUAUGACACACCUUCUCUCCAUUUAUAUCGGCAACUAUAUGCACACAUGCCCAUUAAUAUGUUUCCUACUGGUGGGAACUCAUCAAGCAAGGCAACUAAGGAUCAAGUAACAAAUGGUGGUGUCCACUCACUUAAUGAGGAAAAUGUUGAUGUGGCUACGAGUUCUUCAUCAUCAUCAUCGUCCUCAUCAAGGAUGGAGCUAUAUAGUCUAUCAGCUGUUGUUGAGCACUAUGGUGUAUGCGGAGGUGGGCAUUAUGCAGCUUACCGGAGAGUGGCGACAAAUCCUGAUGCUAAUGUUCAAGUACGACCUCAUUGCAACUGGGUUUACGUUUCAGACGAUCAUGUAUCACAAGUGUCAGAGGACGAUGUUUUGGGUGCAGAAGCAACCCUCCUUUUCUACGAAAGGCUGUAGCAGCAGUGUGCUGAGUAGGAAAUGUUUUUGGAGAAAUUCGAUGUCAAGAAGCAAACCUCUUCAAAGAGCUUAGAUGGAAACUUUUUUAGCUGGCUGAGUUUUUGGUUGUGAAAAGUUCGUUGGUGAUAAAAUACGAGAAUCAGCUGAGGAAUCGAACUUCUGGAUAAUGGAGCAUUAUAUAUACCGCUGCAAACACCAACUGGGCAUGGUCACAUUGUUGAACAAACAGAGGGAUAAAGAACCCUCAAAAGUCAGAACGGGCGUCUGGCCAAGCCAGUUGUAUUUUCUUCUUCCUGAGGCCACCCCUGUAGUAUAUUCUUGUGCUACGAGCAUCUCGGGAGUUUUGAAACGGCACACCUCCACGCUUGCAGCCAAAGCAGAUGCUACACGAGCUGAAGCUUUUUUAGCUGUUACUUGCAUCCAUCUCCCUUCGAAACUGCAGAUGGAUGCAAGUAACAACUGCCCGUUCGAUGACAUGCAUAAAAUAGUUAAACACCUUCUUGCUUAAUGUUGUAAUUAUCAAAUUCAUUCCUGCACUGACUAGGAGUCUUAGUAUAAGGUAUAUCAUUUUCAUUAAAGGUAUGAAGACAAUUUACCUCUAUUACCUGUGUGGGGAUGUCAAGUCCAUGUAUUUCUUUGAUAUGUGGUAUUUUUUUAACAUGUUCAGCUUUAAUACCAUUUUAUUUAAUA